UCCUCCUCCUUCUCCUCCUCCUCCUCCUCCUCUCAGGCUGUGGUUUUUCUGUAUAUGUUUCUGGAGUCCUGAGCCUGAGCUAAACAAAAGCAGGAGGCUGACGGGGUUGCUGGAGUUUGCAGAGACACGGAGGAGGAGAGAGCCUGUGCUUUGCCUGUCGCCGCGGCUGGGGGAGAUCUGGCUUUUGCAACAGCCCACCCCCUUUGAGAUCACUCUGGCCCGGAGUGGGGGUGGGGGGCAGCGGGGGGUGGGGGGGGAAAGUUUGCAUUGCAAUCCCCCUGCCUUCCUCUCCUUUCUCCCGAUCAAUGCAUAUUUGCAAAAGGAUUAAGCCACAGAUUUAAGCGCCGGGAGCCCAUUUCUGCCUUGCAAAGGAGACCGGACUGAAAAACCCAAAGCCAGCUCUGAUUUCUUUUCGCCAAGUGGGAAGGUGGUUUAUUUUUCUUGCUUUUUGGAGUCAACACCCUUCCCCACCAGCCCUUAUCCCCACCCUCACCCCGCAACCCCUUCACGCCCCCUCCCCCUCCCCCCUCCCCAUCCUCCCACCAUCCUCUAAAGAGGCAAAGGGAUUUUUUUUUUUUUCUUUUGGUUUUCUUUUUUCCCCCUUCCCUGUUUAUCCUGAAAAGGAUUUGAAGACAAGCUUGAAGGAUAAAAAGCCUUGGUGCUUCCCAGGAGCUGAGCCGAGGAGCAGAAGAGGAAGAGCCGGGGGCUGCCGUAGCCUUUGGAGAUGGACGAGCAGCCCAGGCUGAUGCAUUCCCAUGCUGGGGUCGGGAUGGCCGGACACCCCGGCCUGUCCCAGCACUUGCAGGAUGGGGCCGGAGGGACCGAGGGGGAGGGCGGGAGGAAGCAGGACAUUGGAGACAUUUUACAGCAAAUUAUGACCAUCACAGACCAGAGUUUGGAUGAGGCGCAGGCCAGAAAACAUGCUUUAAACUGCCACAGAAUGAAGCCUGCCUUGUUUAAUGUGUUGUGUGAAAUCAAAGAAAAAACAGUUUUGAGUAUCCGAGGAGCCCAGGAGGAGGAGCCCACAGACCCCCAGCUGAUGCGGCUGGACAACAUGCUGUUAGCGGAAGGCGUGGCCGGACCUGAGAAGGGAGGAGGGUCGGCGGCGGCAGCGGCAGCAGCGGCGGCUUCUGGAGGGGCAGGUUCAGACAACUCAGUGGAACAUUCAGAUUACAGAGCCAAACUCUCACAGAUCAGACAAAUCUACCAUACGGAGCUGGAGAAAUACGAGCAGGCCUGCAACGAGUUCACCACCCACGUGAUGAAUCUCCUGCGAGAGCAAAGCCGGACCAGGCCCAUCUCCCCAAAGGAGAUUGAGCGGAUGGUCAGCAUCAUCCACCGCAAGUUCAGCUCCAUCCAGAUGCAGCUCAAGCAGAGCACAUGCGAGGCUGUGAUGAUCCUGCGUUCCCGAUUUCUGGAUGCGCGGCGGAAGAGACGGAAUUUCAACAAGCAAGCGACAGAAAUCCUGAAUGAAUAUUUCUAUUCCCAUCUCAGCAACCCUUACCCCAGUGAGGAAGCCAAAGAGGAGUUAGCCAAGAAGUGUGGCAUCACAGUCUCCCAGGUAUCAAACUGGUUUGGAAAUAAGCGAAUCCGGUACAAGAAGAACAUAGGUAAAUUUCAAGAGGAAGCCAAUAUUUAUGCUGCCAAAACAGCUGUCACUGCUACCAAUGUGUCAGCCCAUGGAAGCCAAGCUAACUCACCCUCAACUCCCAACUCAGCUGGUGGAUACCCUUCGCCAUGUUAUCAGCCAGACAGGAGGAUACAGUGAUGGACUCGCAGCCAGUCAGAUGUACAGUCCGCAGGGCAUCAGUGCUAAUGGAGGUUGGCAGGAUGCUACUACCCCUUCAUCAGUGACCUCCCCUACAGAAGGCCCUGGCAGUGUUCACUCUGAUACCUCCAACUGAUCUCCCAGCAAUCGCAUCCCGGCUGACCCUGUGCCCCAGUUGGGGCAGGGGCAGGAGGGAGGGUUUCUCUCCCAACGCUGAAGCGGUCAGACUGGAGGUCGAAGCAAUCAGCAAACACAAUAAGAGUCUCCUUCUCUUCUCUUCUUUGGGAUGCUAUUUCAGCCAAUCUGGACACUUCUUUAUACUCUCUUCCCUUUUUUUUUUUUUUCUGGGUAGAAGCCACCCUUCCCUGCCUCCAGCUGUCAGCCUGGUUUUCGUCAUCUUCCCUACCCCUGUGCCUCUGUCCUAGACUCCCGGGGUCCCCGUCCUCUCUCAUAUCACUGAAGGAUAUUUUCAACAAUUAGAUGAAUUUAAAGAGGAAAAAAAUUACAAAGAAAAUAAUAAAAGUGUUUGUACGUUUUCAUGCUGGUGGUUUGAGGAGCCAAAUUUACCUCACUCGGAUCCCUGACUCCCUAUGUUAACAGGCAGUCCUUCUCUGUUUCUCUUAUUACUCUCACUACCUCUUAGCAGGAAUACGCCACAUUGCCCUACUCAUUCCAGGCCUCCCUGCUUCCUCUUGCUUUUCCUCCCUGGGGACAGUACUGAUUGGAACACUUUCCUCCUCUUCCUUCCCAGUCCCAGCUAUUCACUGGGGACUGUCAUAGCUGGGAUUCUAAAGGUGCCACGUUUUUCAUUUUCAUCUCCGCUAGGUUGGUUCCCAGGCAGGAAGUCAGGCAGCAGGGAAGGACACGGGAAUAGCAGGUGGAGAAUUCCUACAGUCUUUCUUAUCCUGCUAUCAAUAGCUCUCAGUUUCAGAGGCAUAGUCUUUGGAGACCAUUUAACACUCAGAAAGCAAUAUUUAGAACCUACUGCAAAACUGGGCCUGAGUUAGGCAUGGUGAUGAAUGCAUCAGUAAGGAGUAGAAAGUUCUUAUCUUGAAACCCUUCAACCUCAACUAUGCCUUCAUAGACACAUACGUUCAUGCACAUGUAGGCACAUGCACCAUCUCACAUCUUCACUUUCCCAAGAUGCCAUAUACAGUUACCUACAUUAAUAACCGUAGCACUAUACUUUAUGAGCCCAAGAGAGGGAAUUAGUGACUCUAAGUGAAGGUCACUGACAGAGAGAAGCAGUAUGUGUCUGUGGCUUCCAGGACCUGCAGGCCCACUAGCGUGCACUUACCAGAAUGGCAUACACAGGACCUGAUCUUGAGGAAGACCAGGUUUCCAGUGUAAACUACUCUUGUUCCCACCCUCUGGAGCACUCAGGGAGCCACAUACAGUACUUACAAUGUCUUUAAUGGACUUGGUUCUGUUUCGUUUUUUGUUUUAUAUUAGGCGCACUGUAUUAAUUUUCCAAAAUGUUAUACCACACUAUGUUCUUGGUCCUGACCUAUUGCUCUGGAGGAAAGAGUUGUAUAAGAACGUGGCUCAUGUGAACUUUUGCUAGCUUCAUUUGAGGACCUGAGAAUCAUGGGGAAAGGGAAGAUAAUGUUUUCAAUGAAAUCAUCACAGUGAGUUUUAUUCCCUGGGAACACAGCAUGUACUAAAAAUACAUGAGAUAAUAGCAAGUACAUGAAAGCUAUUCUCAAAAGUACCCUGAGCUCACCAUCUUCAUAGCCAACCCUACCAGCUAUAAAGAUAUAAAGAUGGCAGCUGUAUCACUUGAUUAAGUGGGAGGUGGUCAAAUCUUUUGGUGCCUCAUUUUCUUCAUCUGUGAGAUGGGAACUGUUAUGCCUGGCUUACUAAAAGGCUUGUGAGAGACUGAAGAAGUUGAUUUUAUUCAUAUUCAAUCUGUAAAUGUGAAGUCAGGGGAAGUAAUGUCCCUGUAAUAAGUGGGUUCAUGCCAUCUAGGGACAAUAAAUGGUUUUCUUGUUGUAACUUCUGGUUAAUAUCAGUAACUUGACGUCAUCACCACGAUGACAAAGAGAAGAGUUUUUGUUGAUCUUCUUGGUUUUGGUCUGUCUGGUUUCUUAGGAUAAAGAAAAACUUUCAAACUAGAAAAAUAGGCCCUGGUUCACUUAGUGUGCACUUGAACCCAAUAGGUUGCCUCGUACAUACUUGGUCCCUGUCACAUUGGCUGCUUGGGAGGCUUCCGGGGAGAAGUAUGAGACCCUGAGGGGUGAGAAUGGGCAGCUAACAAGGACAUGGAAAUUCUGCAUGGCACUACAGUCAUGAAUAGAAAACACUCUCUGUGUGCUCAGGGGAGCAGGGGCUGCCUCUGAAGAAACUUGAGGGAAUGUGUAUUUGAAGGAAAUGCAAAAACUAAAUAUUUAGCAAAAUGAGAUUAUGCCUUGAUGACUAAAAGGUGCUAGAAAGGAUGUGUCUACUCACUUCUGCCCUAAUCAGAACAGAUGCCUAGAAGGAGCAUUUUUGUGACAACCUCAUAGUGAUUAGAAUCAGUGGACAACUCCAUCUUAGUGGCAGGAAUAUAAUGAAAGUACCCACACAAGAACAUGGUUGAAUCACAUUUGCUUGACUUAGGGCAAAGUAUGAAAGAGAGACGAAAGGGUUCUCUUGGAAACACGAAGAGUGACUCCAGAUGUGGCUUGAAGUGAUUACCGUGUUAAUGCAAAAUAUCAGAGCAGUGCUACAUUUGCACAGGCAGUUUCUCUCCGGGCAGUAGUUUGCACUGAUGAUCACCUUUCAGAGCAUUUUCCCCAACCAGCACUUCACUUAGUCUUCUCUACACCCAGCACCUCCCCCUGGCACCCCCUGCAAGCCCACUAUCACUUCCGACAUCCAUCGUGGCAUCCGUGAGAUCUGUCCACAUUAGGCGAAGCAGGAGAGCACUGAGAGCAGCAGGAUGGGUUUGGAAAGAGCAUGCCUCUGGAAACACAGCUUCCUGGGAAUUUACAUUAGGCCAGUACUACAGAUACCAAGAUGCACCCCAGGAUUUCUUCAUUUUCUAAUAGAUGUGGGAGUGCUCCAUUUUCCCCGACAGCGAAUUUCCCCUGAGAAAUGAUACUAGACCCUGGGUUUGCCCACCUUGUAACUCUUCAUUAUCUCCUCCUUUUCAUCCCUAAUUCCUCCUCUCCCUGGCGUGGAAUUGACGCCCAUGCAGUACAUUUGCCGAGUGGCACCUUCUUUCAAUUUAUGUUUUAUUUUGCUAUGGUGGUGGUUCUUUAUUUGCUGGUUGCCUUUUCUCACACAUCUUUCUCUCUCUCUCUCCUUCCUUCUGCUUUUUGUUUUUCUGCCCAGAAAAACCUGACUUCGAUACCAAAAAAGAUGAAACUACAGAAACUCAAAUUUAAAAAAAACUUUAAAAAAAAACAAAAAAA